AUGGCAGUUCAAGGAGAUGGUUCUCGCUUCCAUCCCUCUGGGAAAAAGGUUUUGGAUCAGUUUACAGGGAAAAAGAUCCGUUUAGUAGGUGAGAUGAGUAGAAACGUAGGCCGAGUGGAGGUUUAUCAUGAUGGCCAGUGGGGGACAGUUUGUGACGAUGGCUUUGGCAACACUGAAGCAGAGGUUGUAUGCCGUUUGCUGGGAUACAGCCCGUACAAUGCCAGAGUAUACGGGUCUUAUUGGGAUAUUCAUCCUACUUAUGGCCGUAUAUGGCUGGAUGAUCUGCGCUGUAGAGGCAACGAGUCCAGCAUAUUCGACUGCUCUCACCGAGGACUGGGGGUACACAACUGUGACCACAGUGAUGAUGCCUGGGUGGAAUGUAACAAUGACACAGGGCUCUCGGCCACCGCCAUUCCUGACCCCUGUUCCCCAAGCCCCUGCCAAAAUGGUGGCACCUGUGUACGUACCAGCAGUUUGUAUCCUUCGUACACUGACUACAAAUGUGUAUGUCCUCACGACCGAAGAGGGGAAAACUGCGAGAACAGCGAAGACCCAUGUGCCUCGAGCCCUUGCCAGUAUGGUUCAUGUGAACGUACCAACAGUUCCUUUUGGCCUUAUACUGGCUACAGAUGUAACUGUCCUUUCGACCGUACAGGGGAGAAGUGCGAGAACAGCAUUUACGGAUACGGCCCUUGCUCUUCGCACCCGUGUCUUUAUGGAGGCAAGUGUUCCUCACGAGGAAACGGCUACGUCUGCGACUGUCCGUGGGGUAGAUUCGGGAAGAGAUGCGAAUCUAACGAAAUCCCAGUUCGUUUAGUUGGAGGCCGCAGCAACAGAGAAGGGCGCGUGGAAGUUUACGAUGAAUCCCUUGGCAGCUGGGAAUUCGAGAUCAGUAGUGUCAAGGCGGCGCUGUAUGCUGACGAUUUUUUCACAAGUGAUUAUUUGGACGAUGUGCUGGAAGGAAAUGGCAUCAUAGAAAGCGAUGAUAAGGUGGUGACUGAGGAUGGUCGUCAUGAGUUUUUUGAGUAG